CGGCCGCUGCCGCCGCCAUCGCUGCGUGUGCGCCGCGGGCCGCGCCGGGGAACACUGCCAGACACAGAUUAAUAUAACGAUCCCGCAAUUCGACGGCGAUUCGUUGCUGCGGGUGCAGCCGCGGCAGGCGCGGGCGCGCGAGCAGCGCCUGGCGCCCGCCGCUGCGCGCCUCGCACUCAACUUCACCACCGCGGAGCCCGGCGGACUGCUGCUGUGGAUCGAUAUGGGUAUUGACUAUCUCGGGAUCGCUAUGGAAAAUGGAUACAUAAAGUUGGUGUGGUCUAUACAUUGCUACGUCACUGAGGUGGUGCGACAAGAUGUUAAAUCUCUUCCGAUUCGACCACGGAUGCUUUCGAAAAUUUUGCCAAGCGUUGGCUUUUUAGCUGAUGGGGAGUGGCACAGGAUUGUAUUGGAGUUUGGAGAGAAAAAUAUUACAUUGACCGUCGAUAAACGAUUAGCUUUCAUAGAGGAGUCAUGUGAAAGAGACUUGAACAACAACGUGGACUUGUAUAUAGGUGGAGUAAACGAAGAGGAUAAUCCAGCCGUGAAAAAGAUAUUUCCACAAAACUUCAAGGGCUGCAUCGAUCAGAUAUCAACCCGUGAUGAUUCCUUCAUCACCGACUACUCAGAGUUUUACAGUGAAAAUGUUAACUCGUGCCAACUUUUCCCUAUUACCUAAUUUUAUACAUAUCACGGCAUAUCGGUAUUUGCAAGAUACAAUUAAUAAAUUCUUUACAAUUCGGCUAGGGAAAUUACGAACAGGCGAGAGUCACGAUUUGUCGGUAACAUACUAAAUAUUCAUACCUGUGAGUCCACUUUUGUGUGCUCGUAGGAAUAUUCCAUAUGCCAAGAAAAUAUCUCAAACUGUACAACCGAAUGGUCUUACCCUUUUAUCAACAUUUCAAUCCAAUGUUAGAAAUGAAGAAUGGAUAAUGUUUAUGCCCCACUUAAAACAGAGUUAUUUCACGUUGUUAACGACUAUUUUUAAUCUCAUUUGUGCAUAGAUUUUAUCCUGUAUUUAAAAAAUUAUAAAAAUUAUAAUCAGC